UCCUUCCUUCUAUCCUCCAUGGAUAUCAACUGCACUGGUCAAGGAUGAAGAGCAGCCCUCACAGGCCCCUGAUUCUCAAGAGACGGAAAUUGUCUCUCCCACAUACUGAAGCAUUUAACACCCUGGUAAGAAAUGAAUCAGAUGGACAGACUGCUGGAUCCUCUAAGCAGGAACAAGCAAGAACAGAUGAGCCUGUCAUAAACGGAAAGGAACCUGCAAUUCAGGAAGUCUCUACAAGAAUUAGAAUAAUUGACCACCCCACCUUAUCAAAUGCACAGGUGGUAGCUGUUCCUACCAACACAGAUAUUCAAAGCAUCCUUGAGGCUAUGAGAGCCAAAGGGAAAGAAUCUGGUAGUAAUGAGCCUAACAAGUUUAUUUUCAUCAGUAGUGGGAGCAGGUCUUCCAGCAUGAAGUCAAGAGCAUUUCAGAAUCUGUUCAAAUCUGAAGAUGAGCACAUUAUCACCAAUAGCAGGGCACAGAAAGAAGUAACGUGCAUUGGGCAAAGCUCUGGGAGAAUGGAAAAGUCAACCUUUUCGACAUCAGAAUUGCUGUCUACGGGAGGACGAGAACAGGGCGGAAACAGCAAUGGGGAGACACCAAGCUGUGGCCUGGACAACAGUCUAACCAAUAUCCAGUGGUUGGGCAAGAUGAGCUCCGAUGAACUGAACCCCUGCAGUGUGAAAAAAGAAGCAGAGAAAGAGAACCAGACCCCCAAGCAGAAAGCAAUGAAGUUUGAGGAAGGCUCUGCACCAUCAUCCUCUACUACCUCAUGGCAGGAGCCCUUCUCUGAACGUCCCCCCUAUUCCUAUAUGGCUAUGAUCCAAUUUGCUAUCAACAGCACUGAGAAGAAGCGCAUGAUGCUGAAAGACAUCUACACAUGGAUUGAGGAUCAUUUCCCUUAUUUCAAACAUGUAGCCAAACCAGGCUGGAAGAACUCCAUACGGCACAAUCUUUCCCUACAUGAGAUGUUUGUUCGGGAGACAUCUGCCAAUGGCAAAAUCUCGUUCUGGACUAUUCACCCAGAAGCCAACCGCUAUCUGACACUGGACCAAGUGUUCAAACAGCAAAAACGGCACAGUCUGGAUCUGCAGAAGGAUAUGGGAGGCUCUUGUGGCAGCAAAAGUGAGCCACAGACAGCACGCUGGAAAAUGAAGCCCUUGCUUCCACGUGUUAAUUCCUACUUGGUUCCGAUCCAGUUCCCAGUUAGUCAGUCUCUCAUUCUUCAGUCUUCUUCAAAGGUGCCACUGCCUAUAGCUAAGAGUGCCUCUGAGAACAUGCAGAGCAGCAAGCGGGUGCGCAUUGCUCCAAAGGUGUUGCCAUCGGGUGAAGAGCCAAUGCUGUUCCCAGCUGCAGUCUCUGUAAAGGAAGAGACUUACUAUGAUGAAGAGCCAUGUCCAUUUGCCACCCACCAAUCCAUAAAGGAGGAUGCCUGUCAGAUCAGCAGAGAAUCAUUCCCUGCAGCGCUGUGUAUAAAAGAGGAGAGGGACAACUUUCAUUCCCAUCAGCUGUCAUCUUCCUUCCUCCCAGCCCUGCCUGUAAAGGAAGAACCAGCACAGUCUGGUGAAGUACUGAACCUGCGCUUCCCAGCAGCACCUGUAAAGCAGAAGAGACAGUUUAUGGCACUCAAGUCACCACCCCAGAGCCUGUUGGAUAUGCUGGUUAUCAAGAGGCAAGAGGAGCACAAAAUGGGUAGAUCCAGAAGGAAGCAGCACUUAGCCCUGCCUUGUUCAGAAGAACCAGUCCUACUCCUUCCAGGCAGCUGUAGUCCAGAUUCAUUCAUCCUGAGGCAUGACCUUCCCUUUGAGCAGGAGAUUCCUCCUCAGGGAAACAUGUCCUACUUUAGGUGCUUUCAGGAGGAAGGCGGCCCUUUUAAAACUCCAAUGAAAGAGAUGUUCUGCAAGCUGCCAAUUUCUUCCACUCCUAGUAGUAAAGCAUCUGUAGCUACCCCAACAUUCUUGGGAUGUACUGAUCCCUGGAGAUUAGCACCCUUUGUUAAGGAAACUAGCAAUCCGGAUUUCAGCCCUGUGAGAACCCCUCCAUUGCCACUAUUAUCACUCCAAGAGAAUUUAGAUCUUUUGGGAUUUAGUAGCACUCCCCUGAGUGCGAUUCCCUUGUGUGAUUCCCCACAGCUGCCACUUUUAAAUGCAGAAGCAAAUGAUAUGGUGUCUGGGCCCUUGACAAGUUCUCCUGCACCCAGCAAACAGUCAUCACCAGAGCUUUGGGCCUCUGUUCUUCCAGAAAAACAUUCACUCCUGGAAGGCCUAGUAUUAGAUACCAUGAAUGACAGCUUGAGCAAAAUUCUCCUAGACAUCAGUUUCUCUGGCCCUGAGGAUGAUGUGGGUACUGAUUUCAGCUGGUCACAGUUAAUUCCUGAACUGAAAUGAAGAAAACUGGCUGGUAUAUUCUGAAAACUGCUCACUGUUCAUAAC